UCUUUUUAUUCUGCGGUAAUUUUGUGUUCAGCAUCAAUGUGGCGAUCUCUCGCCUUGCGAACCCUAAUACGGUCGGCGGCAGCCUUCACGCCGUCAUGCUCCGCCUUCCUCCCCUCCCGCCUCGACGUGGUUCGCUUCCGAUCCGAUACCUCCGCCAAGGCGCUCGUCUUCGAGGUCGAUCUCGACCCCGAGGGCGGGUCCGGACCGAGCGAGAUUGAAGUCCUGCGGAGGCACCGCAUCGUUGACGAACUUAUGCACUUCAUGGUCGUCAGCCAGUUCGCCCCCGAUUGGCUUCCGUUCGUCCCCGGUGGAUCCUUUUGGGUUCCGUCCCAGAAGCCACGCUCCCAUGUCUCCGAGGUCAUCACAAGUAGUGAGGAUUGGAAGCUUAGAAAACCGCUCUCGAAAGAGGAGGUGUUGUCAUUCACCACCGAAAGGGGUUGGCCCUCUUCAGCCUAUUUUUUCGAGGGUCCAUCAUCUUCACAAGCAAAGAGACCACAAAAAUCUGCCGAGCCACAAACUGACGAUGAAGGCAACUGACUCUCAUCCAAUACUUACAGGGUUAGAUCCUUUUACUCCUUUUGGCUUUGCAUAAUUCUCAUAGAUAAUGUACUCAUUCAGGACAAAUCAUUUACCCUGUAAAUUGAUGUUUUGCUAUCCUCACCAUUAUGCUCGUUCAGGAGUGACCUACCAGGAUAAGCAUUAUUGGGCAAGGAAUUAUAAUUGAAAUUUAUUGUAUAAAACAAUACAUCAUACCUCAUUGUGGUGAAAUUUGAAGGAGAGAAACCGUUGGAUGAAGGAAUUCGUCUCUUGCUGCAUGUGAGAAGGUUACAAUGAUGAAUGAUUCUUGACGAUUCCACAAAUCAAA